UAUGGAUAGAGGGCAGUCGUGGCCUGAUGGAAGGAGUCAGUUGCCGGUUUGAUUCUCAAAACGGCAGGAACAUGUAGCUGGGGAAGUGAAUGAAAAGUCUUCCACCCUCAAUACGCAUGACUGAGCUGCCCUUGAGCAAGCCACCUAACCCCCAAUCGAUCCCUGGGUGCUGCAAUGAAUGGCUGCCCAUUACUCCGGGUGUGUCCAGCAUCUGUAAUGCGACUGUAUAUUGGAGAAAAAUGGAGCUGCUCUGGGUGCAGGAAUCACUCAAGGGAAAGUGUGACUGUGGCACUUGAAAUUGUCAUCAACACCACCGAGACCCACGGCAUUCUCUCAUCAGCCCUGGAUAUGCGGGCAGAGAUAAAAUGCCUUUCUCUUCAUUUAGCCCAGCCACGGGAUCAUGUGAAGAGAAUCAUCCAUGUGCCUAAACCAAGUCUGAAAGAAGGGAGCCGCAAAGUUGCAGAAUGCUAGCAAGUGAUAAAGACACCCUGUGCAUCAGGGUUAUCGCCUGAGAGAGAGUGGACCCUUUACGACCUGGUGUUAGAGACCGCUCUGACCACAUCCUGACAGAAUCCUGGCUGAGAGAAAGACAACCAGACCUUCCUACACGCCAAUGACAGUUGCAUGCAUUUAUUUGUGCUGACAGUCAACCAUGGGUGACUGGAGUUUCUUGGGCAACAUCCUCGAGGAAGUAAACGAGCAUUCGACGGUAAUCGGUAGGGUGUGGCUCACGGUCCUCUUCAUCUUCCGAAUCCUCAUCUUGGGCACCGCCGCGGAGUUCGUGUGGGGCGACGAGCAAUCGGAUUACGUGUGCAACACGCAGCAGCCGGGUUGCGAGAACGUUUGCUACGACGAGGCAUUCCCCAUCUCGCACAUUCGGCUGUGGGUGCUCCAGAUCAUCUUUGUUUCCACACCCUCUUUGGUGUACGUGGGCCACGCCGUCCACCAUGUACACAUGGAGGAGAAGCGCAAGGAACGGGAGGAGGCUGAGCUCAACAGGCAGCAAGAGAUGAACGAGGAGAGGCUGCCGCUCGCGCCCGAUCAGGGAAGCGUCCGUACGGCCAAGGAGACGAGCACAAAGGGCAGCAAGAAGUUUCGUCUCGAGGGCACUCUCUUGAGGACCUAUAUCUGCCACAUUAUCUUCAAGACUCUCUUUGAGGUAGGCUUCGUGGUGGGCCAGUACUACUUGUACGGCUUCCGAAUUCUGCCGCUGUACAAGUGCAGCCGUUGGCCGUGCCCGAACACGGUUGACUGCUUCGUCUCAAGACCUACGGAGAAAACCAUUUUCAUCAUCUUCAUGUUGGCCGUGGCCUGUGUCUCGCUUUUCCUCAACUUUGUGGAAAUCAGCCAUUUAGGCUUGAAAAAGAUCCACUUUGUGUUCCGCAAACCGGUGCGGCCGCAAGUCGAGGGACCGGGGGCGGGCGAGAAGGCCCUGCCCUCCAUAGCAGCCUCCUCCAUCCAGAAAGCCAAAGGCUACAAGCUGCUGGAGGAGGACAGAGCCACGUCGCACUUCUUCCCCCUGACCGAGGUGGUGGGGAUGGAAGCCGGCCGGCUGCCGGCUCCGUACGAGCCAUUCGAGGAGAAAACGGACGACGCGACCCUACCUAAAAAAGACAUGUCUAAGGUGUACGAUGAAACGCUGCCCACCUACGCCCAGACGACAGUGAUAGGACCGAGUGCGGCGGCGGGAGUUCUUCACAGGGAUGAAGACGAGGCCGUCGAAGCGGACGUGGAAGCCAGUGAGACGAUAGAAGACACUCGACCGCUCAGCAGCCUGAGCAAGGCCAGCAGUCGGGCAAGGUCAGAUGACUUGACGGUAUAAAUAUUAUAGAACUGGAUCAGAAGUGCAGUAGUUUUGGGAAAAGCGUAGAAAGUAAAAACGAGUGAGAGGGGGGAGAAAGAGGUGCGGCGACACUUAUAAUACCAGCUUAUUAUUUUGAGGAAGAAACAAUUGAAAAAAAAUAAUGCUGUGCAAUUUUUAUGAGGAAACUUGAGAGCUUGAUUCAUUUUUUUAUACAGCAGUAUUUUUUGUACUGUUUUUAUCAAACAGUUAACAAACCAAAGUUAGCGAUCUGCUACGUCGGGAGGAGUCGGGGGAACUUAUUUAGCGAAAUGUGCUGUUUUUUUUUAAUAAUAACAUUUUCUAUCCAGAAUUUUACAUAUUGAAGGUGAGAUUCUAAUGUUUACAUUUUUUUUGGAUUAGCCAUUAGCUUAAUGUUGUAUGUGAUGUUUUGUUAUUAUUCUGAUAAGAAAAAACUGUCAGGGCAUCAUUCUUUUCACCUCAGCAAUUUCAACCACACAUGAUGAUAAAUAAUCAAUCUUAUUUUGAUUUGUAUGUGAAUGGUACUGUAAUGGAUAGGUGUAUGUGUGAGGUGAAACACAUGCUGAUAGUUUCGUUGCACAGUCGUCAAUCAUGGCAUAUUAGCAAAAUAUGGACUAUUUAUUUAAAAGAAAUGACCACCGCUGAUACACGUCAAACACGAUUCCUUGUUUCUCGUUUCAGUAAAUUACAUUAUGAGUCUCUUGAUUUCAUAAACUGUAGGUCAGAGUGUAUCUAGCAAUAACUGUAAUAAUAAUAAUAAAUGCAUUAGCCAUAGAAAAUAUCGUUGGCCACAUUCUUUCUAGUCUCUCUGCGCAUGCAACCAUGAUGAUGAUGAUAAAGAUCAUGCCCAAUCAGCACAAAGUAUUGUUCAACAAGAGACAAUAAAACAACAUUACAUGACAUGUCACCACAGACAUCAUGAUGUUGUUGGAAACACCAUUUUCACACUUUUGCCCUCGAUGAUGCUUUAUUUAAUUUAAUAAUAUUUUAAAGGGCGAGAACAGAAGUGUUUCGCCCCUUUAUUGACUCAACAUUUUUGGCAGAGACAUGUCUUUUGUUUUAAACUAUGCCUUGGAAUUUAGUAGAUGAUAUAUAGAAAAAAAAGGUCAUGUAAGAGUUUAUUGUAAUUAUUACUCCUGACCAAAUAAAUUGUCCCUUUGUUUGUAAAACAUCCACAGUUCUACCAAAGUCAUUUACUGAAAUGUAUAAAAAUGGUUCAUUCCAUGUCAAAUGAGUGUUUAUGAUAACAGGCAUGUCAAAGCAGUUCAAACUACCUGCAUUUUAUAUCUUUUCUUUUCUCCUUUACCCUUAAUGGUUUCAUAUUAGUUUGGUUUGAAUGUAAAAUUGUUUUAUUUUAUGUUGUUGCCAUGUAGAGAAGAUAAACAUUUCCAGAGCCUAAACAAAUGACUCGAACUAGAACCGAAAAACACAUUUUCUGUAGGCUACUUUUUAGCGGUGGAUGAUAUAUCCUUUAAAGAAAACGUGAUUUCACCAAGUACACCAUGCCCCUGGAUCAACAUUCCAAUCAACUAAUCAGAUUCGAGGGACUCAUUUAGUUGUGUCAUGUUUUAGCUUACAACCAGACUGUAAAAAAAUAUGGACAAAGCGUCUGUGACGUCACCCAUAGACAUUCUGAAGAACAGUUUUGAGGCU